AUGCUGCGCUCUUUGCUUUCCUUCGGCCGCACAGACUCCACCGGCCCCACGGCCCACACCAAGUACAUCUUCCCCAGGGUAGAUCCCAAAGAGGAUGGCCCUGAUUGUCUGAAAGAUUGUGCCGACUGCACCCUUCAAUUCCCAUCCAAGGUGAAAGUCGAGACCUCAAGACCUCUCUAUGGUCUGGUAAAGGAAUUUCAUUCCCACGUCCUAGUGGCAACUGGCCAGUCCGACUGGAAAGAAAGAAAGGUGGAAAAACAGGCCGGAAGUCUGAUGGAAGCAUUCCAUGAGACGAAAUCGGAGCAUGGCCGCAUCAUGGUCUCGGCAUCGAGUCUCAACGCUCCGAAUCAGUCACCCACAGAAGCUAGUUCCAACGAAGCUACAACUGUGCUGAUUCUUCCGGCAUUCACCUUCGUCGACUCCGUCAAGUACGCAGAUGUUCCAGACGUGGUGGCCCGAUAUAUCGACCAUCCCAUCGGCCCGGGAAAAGGCAACAGUGCCUCGACCACCACUUCUGGCAUAAGCAGUCGACCCUGUGAACUCGACUAUGUAAUCUUACUAUGCUCCCAUCGACAUCGCGAUGCCCGCUGCGGUAUGACGGCUCCGUUGAUCAAGCGUGAGCUGGAGCGCCAUCUCCGUCCACUGGGACUGGAUCGGGAUUCGGAUGACUCGCGACCUGGCGGCGUGGGAAUCUCCUACGUGUCGCAUGUUGGUGGACACAAGUUCUCUGCUAAUGUUCUUGUCUAUCGCAAAAAGGAUCAGCAGAUGAUUUGGCUUGCGCGUGUUCGUCCUGAGCAUUGCGAGGGUAUUGUCAAGUAUACCGUUCUGCAAGGGAAGGUAGUGCACCCCGAGUCUCAGCUGAAGGGUGGAUUUGAUAGGGUGCGUGAAUUGACCAGCUGGUAA